AUGACUGAGUAUGACUCAAUAUUAAAAUCAACUAACAACUUACAAAGUCGGGAGUGUUCAGUGAACUUGAAAGAUUCAAAAUUACAGGCAGAAAUAACGGACCUCAAGUGCAGGAGUAUGCGCGAAAAUUUGCUUUUCUUCCAAAUUCCUGAGGAGAAAGACGAGCAAUGCGAGAAGAAGAUAUUGGAAUUCAUUGAAACCAAACUUCACGUGCAAAACGCUAAAUCCGAGGUAAAGUUGCAUAGGGCACAUCGUGUAGGCCGAUACCAGCCAAAUAAAGUGCGCCCCAUUGUCGCCAAGUUCGCGUAUUACCCGGACAGGGAGAGAGUCCGAAAGGAGUCAAAGCAGCUUAAAGGUACCCCGUUCGGAAUAUCCGAACAAUAUCCAAAGGAGGUAAUGGAUGUUCGUCGAAGGCUGAUACCAAUUAUGAAAAAGGCACGAGCCGAGGGCAAGGAGGCGUUCCUUAAAAUUGACAAACUAUACAUUAACAAACAAGUGUAUGUGGAAUAG